AACAAACCCUAACAAUGGUGGAGAGCCCCACAUAUCCGUGUGGAAGAGAGGGUCCCUCAGGAUCAGUAUUUAUUUGCACAAUGAAAUAGGAUUAAUGGCUGGAUAUACUUUUUACAUUAGAUGAAUGGAUGGGAUGAUGCCACGCAGUUACCUCUUAGUUUUGCUCCUAUUUUCCAUUUCAAAAUAAAAAGUAUAAUUCAUAGUCAACAGUCGUAGAUUUCUUCUUAAUGGAUAAAAAGGAAUGUUGUUGAAAAAUUUAAAUGAUACAAAUAAUCAAUAUAUUUGAAAAGAAGGAAAAUUAUAUUUCUUAAUUGGGAUGGUGUUUGGAGGCUGCGGGUUCCUCCGAAGGUUAAAAAUUUAAUAUGGAGAAUGUGCAGAGAUUGUUUGCCGACACAUGUUGGAUUUUAAGAUAAAGCAGUGCAUUGCUCUACUAAUUGUGUCACUUGCAACAAACCGUUUGAAAACCUUAACGAUGUUAUUUUCAAUUGUUCUUUUGUUGCGCAGGUGUGGCAUAGAAGCGAAAUUGGCGAUACGAUUAAUAGUGUGCACAACAACACAUCUUCGGCAACAGAUGCAAUAUUAUCUACCAUUUAGGAACUUUCGCGAGACAAUUCCCAAAGGUUUGCAGCUCUCUUGUGGAGUUUAUGGAAGCACUACAAUCUAUAGCUACGCUAAGAUGUCGCAUGUGCUUCCACAACACACGCUUACUACAUUUACCUCAAGUGCAUCUAGUGUUGUUUUCUCUCCCACCAUUCAGAACAACGAAGUUACUUCAGUGAUCCCGGUUACCCAUGUGUGUCCUAUUCCAGUGGGGGGAAGCCUUGGGUCUCUUUUAUUCGCAUGAAUGGAUGGGUUACAUGGGUUUUGACAAUAUUAAUUUCUCUUUGGAUUCCAAGACUGAUACUGAUGCGUUUAAUGGUCAUCGCGUUAACAUCAUAGAGUUUGCCCAGGUUCUCUCUACAUGCCGCCGUCUCUUCAACACCAAGUUUACCAACUCUAAGGUCGAGUUUACUCGGAGACAAGUCAAUGAGGAAGCUCACCAUUUAGCAGGGGUGGCCGCAUUAUUAGCCAGUCCCAUUAUUUAUACUAAUGUACUUCGUUAUA